AAAAAAAAAAAGAAAAAAAAAAAAGUGAAAGGACAGUCGCAUUUGUAGGACGCCUGCAAAUCGGAGAAUCACGGUGCAUUGACUCCAUUGUUGUCCUUCAAAGAUCGACGCGAUUCUGUUCGACCGGGAUUAUUGAUUGUAUUGCGAUGUGACAUGCGAACACCGGGGUUUUGAUCCCAGAGUUCGCAUUUCAGGAUCAGGGUUUUGUUCUUGUCCGUGUUUGGGAUCGCCGUAUCCAGGUGGCAAGAGAAAUCCACGGCUCUCUAUCCGUGGGUGUGCACACCCCGCAUUGUGAUUUUAGCCAACAGAAAACACAUGCGGUAAACCAGUUUAAAUUGUACAUAGGGAUUGGUUCAACCAAAAAGGUCAAUAAAUCACUCCCGUUGAGAUUGAGAGGCGAAAUUGUAAUAUUGUGCUUAUCAAGUAACAAUCUAUCUAACCAACUUGACUGUGAUUGACUUUGUUUGCCACAUUUAGAUUUUGAAGCUUAUUGCUAUGAGUUUUAUCAUUUAUGACAUGAGUUGGAUUGACUGGUUAUUUGUUUUCAUUUGAAAUCAGGGAUUCAUUCGAUAUAAAAGUUUUGUUAUUUGAUACAUAAUACAUUGCCCUUGUGGCUUCAAGGUUUUGGAAAGAGAUGCUUAUGAAGGAAAGCUAAAUGCCGAAAGCAAUGGGGUUGGGGAAAAUUAGGUUAGGUCUUAGGACAAGGAUAAUGGGGUGCAUUUGCUCCAAGGGGGGAGGCCCAAUGAAGAAGCUAGCCAAGAAGCACAGCAAAGGAGGGAAAGACAAAGAAGCAAAGAGGCAGUCUUCAAAGCGCAAUUGUAGAAAAGAAGAGAUAGUGUUGGAGAUGGAGAAUGGCAAUCUGGACAUCACUCCCCUCAUUAUUUCUGAUGAGAAAAGUGUGGGUCCUGCGCCACAGGGGGGUGGUGGGUUGGAAGAGAAGGAGAAGAAGCGUGUGGUGCGAAAGAUGAAGAAGCACCACACCAUGGAUGUGGGGGGAGGUGGGUUGGAGCCUCAGAUAAAUAGGAUGUUCAGUGUGAGGAAUGGAGUUGAUGGGGCACAGGUGGUUGCUGGAUGGCCAUCCUGGCUCACUGCAGCUGCAGGGGAAGCUAUCAAAGGGUGGGUUCCAAGAAAGGCCGACUCUUUUGAGAAGUUAGAUAAGAUUGGUGAAGGGACAUAUAGUAGUGUGUACAGAGCCCUUGACCUUGACACUGGAACUAUAGUUGCACUAAAGAAAGUGCGGUUUGUCAACAUGGAUCCAGAAAGUGUUCAUUUUAUGGCAAGGGAAAUUCUCAUCCUGCGCAGGCUGGAUCACCCGAAUGUUAUGAAGCUCGAAGGUCUUGUGACUUCUCGGGUUUCAGGCCAGCUACAUCUUGUGUUCGAGUAUAUGGAGCAUGACCUUGGCGGCCUUGCAGCAUCACCAGACGUCAAAUUUGAUGAAUCACAGAUAAAAUGUUACAUGCAGCAGCUCUUUCGCGGGCUGGAACACUGCCAUACUCGAGGGGUUUUGCAUCGUGACAUCAAGGGCUCUAAUCUUUUGAUUGACAAUAAUGGAACUCUCAAGAUAGGGGAUUUUGGACUUGCAACAUUUUACCGUGCCAAUCAAGUGCAGCCUCUAACAAGCCGUGUGGUCACAUUGUGGUAUCGGCCUCCAGAGCUUUUGCUUGGUGCUACUAACUACAGAGUGAAUGUGGAUAUGUGGAGUUCUGGUUGCAUCCUUGCUGAAUUGUACGCGGGAAAACCUAUCAUGCCUGGAAGGACCGAGGUUGAACAGCUGCAUAAAAUCUUUAAACUUUGUGGUUCUCCAUCUGACGACUUCUGGAAGAAGUCGAAAUUGCAGAAUGCAACAAUUUUUAAACCUAAGAAGACUUAUGAACGCCGCAUUGCUGAGACAUUCAAGGACUUGUCUCCGUCGUCUUUAUCACUUCUGGAUUCUCUCCUGUCUUUAGAACCUGAGCGUCGAGGAACUGCAAGCUCAGCACUGGAAAACGAGUUCUUCACAACAGCGCCUCUUCCGUGUGAUCCAUCAGCACUGCCCAAGUACCCGCCUUGCAAGGAAUAUGAUGCUAGGAUGCGAGAUGAGAUGCUCAGAAGGCAAAAUGGCAGCGGGGGUAAAGAUUCUGAAGGGGCUGCUCCAGCGCCUGGUGAUCUCGCGAAGCUGCAAGCUGCAAUAAAGAAAUGGCAAGGGCAGUUGAAGCUGAAGAAACGCGGGGGGAUGAGUGAAGUCGAUAAUUCAAGGCGUUGUGGUGGUUCAGAGUUGAGACGACACGUAUCCUUCAAAGCUCGGGGAGGAGUGGGGCAACUACCGAUGUUCUGCAACUCAGCAGCGCCCCACACCGCCUCUAUUGGCUUGGAUCUCUGCAGGGAGGACAUCAGUGUUAAUUCACACUGGCACCGCCUCGCUAUGAAAUAUAAUCGAGUCAUUGAAACCGAGUCCGUUCAUCACUACCAGAACGAUGAGCAGCAACCUAGGAAGGAUAAUAUGAUGGGCUAUGUUCCACAGAGCGGUCACAUACACUACUCCGGCCCAUUGAUUCCAGCCGGAGGAAACAUAGACGAAAUGCUCAAGGAACACGAGAAGCAGGUCCAAAACGCUGUGCGCAAAGCUCGCCUUGACAAAACUAGCAAGGCACAGAAAGGCAACAUUGACUAUGGACAAACCGAAUCUCUCUUGCAGUAUGUUGGCAACCCCCGCUAACUUCUCAGGUUUCAGACAAGAUUUAUGCCUCCACCAUCACAAAUUUCAAUCUUAGAACCAUCACACUUCUCUGCACUACUUAACCGUCACGAGGAGUAAACCCCGAGCUGUCAGAGGGAAUGCUGCAGAAAGAGGACUAACAACACACCAAUAUGUUGAGGAUGAUCAAUAAAGACUCCUGUGAGAAAAUCGUCGUUUCUUUUACUUAUGUAUAUAUGCCGUCGAGCUGAAACUGUUCUUCAAUUCGCUGGGUUUUACUACACGAUUAUAAUUAAUCAUUUUAUGUAUAUAACUGUUUGUGUAGGAGAUUUAUAAUGUUAUACCUAUAGAGCCAGAUUCAGAUAGUAUCAUCAUCUCUUCCAAGAGAAUGGUUCCUGCACAGAACUCUUUCAUGAUUGCUUGAACAGAGAACACACACUUCAGCUGGAACGUAGGAGUCUGGUAUAUCUGAAAAUUUUGUACCUUCUCAAGUGUAAUCUGUUAUUGUAACACUAUCAUUAAAGUCUUCAUGGGAAUCUAGGAUAUACUGGUUCAUAUGUUCA